AUGGAAAUAAUUGAACAAGACCGGCAUAUUAGCAGUCACGAAAUCGGUAAGCAACUGAACAUCGACCACAAAACAGUUUUAAACCAUUUGCAGAAAGCUGGAUACAAAAAAAAGCUCGAUGUUUGGGUGCCACAUGAUUUAACAGUCAAAAAUUUAAUGGAUCGAUUUUCUAUCUGCGAAUCAUUGUUAAAACGAAACGACAUCGAACCAUUUUUGAAACGGCUCAUAAUAGGCGAUGAAAAAUGGAUCACGUAUGACAAUAAUCCAAAAUUGACGCCAAGAAAAGUGAUGCUGAGUGUGUGGUGGAAUUACAAAGGAAUCGUUCACUACGAGCUGCUGCCGUCCGGUCAAACAAUUGAUUCUAACCUUUACUGUCAACAACUGGAAAGAUUACGCCAGGCAAUUGAGAAAACGCGACCAGAAUUGAUCAAUAGGAAAGGCGUCGUCUUUCAUCACGACAACGCGAGACCUCAUGUAUCUAUAGCGACUCGUCAAAAAUUAAGAGAACUUGGCUGGGAAGUUUUGAUGCACCCACCUUAUAGUCCUGACCUUGCACCAUCAGACUACCAUUUAUUUCGAUCUCUACAGAACUCUCUUAAUGGUACGAAGUUGGCUUCAAGAGAGGCCUGUGAAAAUCACUUGUCACAGUUUUUCGCCCAGAAAUCACACAAGUUCUACAGUGACGGGAUUAUGGUUUUACCUCAAAGAUGGCAAAAGGUGGUCGAACAAAACGGCACAUAUUUAAUUUCAUAA